UUGUGUAUGUCUUGCUGUGUCAAUGCUAUUGUUUGCUGAUUGGUUAAGAGGUAAGAGGAUAUUUUUGUAUAAAGCCAGGCAAACUGUGACAGUCUUAGAUUGCGACCUGUCCACGCUUCGACACCUAUUCGAUUAGCGAUGGCUUCUACAGAUAUCAGGAAUUGGCUGAGCCGAUCUAUACACGAGAGGGAUAUCACAAGUUGUUCUACCGAUCCUGUACCGCUUCAAUGGCAGAAGUUACGAGGAGAAAAUUUCAACUGUGAUUACACGGUAUUGUACCGUCCAAGUGUUGCUUCGACCCUGUUUCAAGCGUGCGAAGAGGAGUUUGUGUACAACACUGGGGACUUGGCUCGAGUUCAGAUCUUUGGAAAGUAUCGUGACAUCCCAAGGAAACAAGUUGCUUUUGGUGACCCUGGGUUAUCGUACAGAUUUUCCGGGGUAGAAAUCCCGGCAAGGCCUUGGUCACCGCUGUUAAGGACGAUCAAAGACAGAAUACAAGAAGUAACCGGGCAAGAGUUCAACUUUGUCCUUAUCAACAGAUACAAAGAUGGUUUGGAUUACAUCGGAGAACACAGAGAUGACGAAGAAGGGCUAGUACAAAAUGCUCCAAUCGCUUCACUGUCUCUUGGACAAAAACGAGACUUUCUUUUCAAGCACUGUGAUGCACGCGGGAAGUACAAGAAACGUGUGGUAGAGCCGAUUAAAAUAGAAUUAGAACAUGGUAGCCUCUUAAUGAUGAACUAUCCAACCAACCGAUUCUGGUUUCACUCGCUACCUGUCCGGAAAAAGGCAACAGGAGCAAGAAUAAAUUUGACCUUCAGAAAAAUGGCUUAAAACAUAUGACCUUGGUUUGACCU